AGUUCCACGUGGCCAUUUCCACAGUGAGCACCAUGCAGAAAGUGCACACGUCGGGUCACUUCGACUUUGGGACAAUCUCCGUUGCGAUCCUGUACGGAGUCGACGAGCUCUAUGACGGCAACCAUGCGGAGGCAAUCGGCCAGAUCCUGAAAGACGUUCAUCCCGAGCGUCAGAUGGUGGCCUUCAGCAGAAGCUGGCUGCCUGAUGUCCGAAACGCUGUCCUCGCGCUGGCCAAGAACCCCGUCAUCGUGCAGAUCGGGGACGUCGAGACGGCGCCUCUGCCGAGCGGCGUCACCAUCGACGUCCGUGUCAUGGACGACGAGAGUGCCAAGAAGAAAGACCUGCAGAGCUUACUUGAAGAAACUCUGAGGAAAGAGGACGCUGGAAAGACUGUCAUCGUGGUGAAGACCAAGCGAAAGGCCAAAAACACCAAGAAGUCGGUCGACAGCAAAGAUUUCCCUGCUGACGUGCUGAUCGCUGGACGCGGAAGGUCAAAGGCGUCAGAUCGGGAUGCUGUUGUGAAAGAUUUCCGGUCUGGCAAGGUCAAGCUGCUUGUGGCAACGGCGGCAACGCUUAAGGAUAUCGGCAAGGAGGAGGUGAAGAACCUGGUCAUGUUUGACUUCCCGGCAUCGCCAAGGGAGUUUGCCCACCUGCUGCGUCAGACGGCGCCUACGCUGAAGGUGGCCAAGGUGUACGCCUACCUGACCAACGUGCAGGGUCGACACGCCCCCGGUCUCGCUGACCUGUUGCGGAGCGCAGAGCUGGAGCCCAACGAGAAACUCGUCUCUCUGGAAGAGUGGGCGAAAUCUGCUGCCGAAGGAAAAGGUCCCCCGUUGCCAACGGGCAAGGAAGGCGGCGGAGAUGACGACGACAAAGACGACGAAGACUCUGACAGCUCGUCCGACGAUGACCGGCGGCACGGCCGCGGCAGCAGCAGCCACCGGGACCGUGACAAGGAUCGCGACAAGGACCGCGGCGGCGAUCGCGAUCGGGACCGCAAGCGGUCCUACUCGCGCAGCCGUUCGCGGAGCCGCUCGUCCGAGGACGACUACCGAAGCUCCUCGAAGCGCAGCCGGCGCAGCGGCGGCGGGAGCCGCUGGGGAGACGACGAUCGCGACCGCGGCGACCGAGGCUACCGUCGCGGUGGCCGCGGAGGGGGCGGCUUCAGGGGCCGCGGAGGAGGAGGAGGAGGAUUCCGGGACCGCGACGACUACGGUGGCGGUGGCCGGGGGCGCGGUUUCGGCCGCGGCGGUCGCGGGGGCUUCGGCGACCGGGGAGGAGGCAGGGGAGGCUUCGGCGACCGCGGGGGUGGUCGCGGAGGCUACGGAGACAGAGGCGGUCGUGGGGGUGGUUACGGCGACCGUGGGGGAGGCCGAGGCGGCGGUUACGGAGACCGCGGUGGCCGGAGCAGUUACGGGGACAGGGGUGGUGACGACUACGGGGGAGGAGGCGGCGGCGGCGGCCGUGGUGGGCGCGGCGGUUACGGAUACGGAGGAGAUCGGGGUGGGGGCGGACGAGGCAGUUACGGUGACCGCGGAGGCAGGGGAGGUUACCGGGACCGCGGCAGCGACGACGAGCGAGGAGGCGGUGGUUACGGCGACCGCGGUGGGGGAGGCCGGGGCGGCGGCGGCGGCUAUGGCGAACGUAGCAACGGCGGUGGUGGACGCUGGGACGACCGGGAUAGCGAGAGUGGCGGCGGCGGCGGCUCCCGUUACCAAGGAGGCGGCGGCGGCGGCAGGGGCGGCCGCGACGGUGGUGGUUACGGCGGUCGCGGCGGCGGCGGCGGCUACGAAGACCAGCGCGGUGGAGACGGCUACGAACAGGGGGGUGGCGGUGGCGGAAGAGGGGGCCCCGUUGGUGGCGGCUACGGUGGAGGUGGCGGCUCUGGGGGUUACGGCCAGUCUGGCAACCCCGGCCAAGGAGGAGGCGGCGGCGGCUACAGAGACUGGCAGCAGCAGCAGCAGCAGUCUCAAGGCGGAGGAUCCGCCUCGGCACCCACAGGUUUGCAGCAGACCCUACAGCAGAUGGCUUCUGGGUACUAUACCAGCGAGCAACGUGCUGCUGGUGGUGGCGGCGGCGGCGGCGGCGGCGGUGGUGCCGGGCCCAAGUCUCAAGGUGGUGGCGGUGGUACGUCACGGUUUGGACCUCCUGUUGCUGGCGGCGGUGGAUCCGGCAACUCACAACAGCGGCAGACGCCAGGUGCUCAGGCAGCCACUGCAGCUGCCUUCGCAUACAUUCAGAACGCGUACGGCCAACAGCAGCAAGACUCUCAGCAGCAGCAACACAAGGGUGGUAGCGGUGGUGGCGGGUACCCGGCCUUUGCGCAGCAACAGCAGGCGCAGUACAUGUCCCAGCAAGGCGGCUACUCGACGGGCGCGCAGCAGCAACAGGCCGGCUACGGAGGUGGUGGCGCCGGCAGUCAAGCCUACAGCACGACGUACCCCACCACCGCCUAUCAGACGGCGGGCGGUGCGGCACAGCAGAAGCAAGGUGUCGCAGCGGGACAGGGCGGGCCAGCCGCUUACCAGAUGGCGCAGCAGGCUCAGUACAACAGCUACAGCACCCAGUACGGUGGUGGGGGCGGCAACGCGGCGGCCGGUGGCCAGUUCUACCGGUCGGGGAACCAGUAGAAAGGCAAAUGUGAGACGACGAAAAGAUGCGCCGCCACCACCACGAACCCCACACCAUAGCCAUUGUUACCAUCACAAGCCCUCAUUGAAACACACAUUUGUAAAAGGGUUGCCGAUUUUUCACAUCACUAUUAGUUCUUUUUUUGUCUCUGUCUCUCCCCACUUUUCGUAUGUUCCUCCUCAUGCUAAUUAAUGUCGUAGAUGCCCAUUUGAAUGAGUUGUGUUGAAGCAAAGCAUCUCUCGCGUCUUUGUGGAGCUUUUUCCUAGGCAGGCGGGGAAGACGAAGAAAGAGACUUAAAAAGUUGCGUCAAGGUUUUAUUGUCUAUCGUUUUUUAUAUUACAAGAGCAUCAGUGUGUGUCGUCCCCUUACGUUUCCUUCUCUUCUAUUGCGUGCCUCGUUUUUGGAACAGGCACCUGGUAGUAGUAGCUAAUGGCUAUCACCUGCCUAUCCUCUUGCGAGGCGUGCUUUCGUCUUUCUAGGUUACCAAUCGCACACUUUGUUUCAGUGAUCCUCAUUUUUUUUUUCUUCCUUUUUUUGUGACAUUCUUCACUUCGAUGAGUCAGUUUUUUCACCCUUUCCUUCGCGUAAUGUUCCGCCACCGUGGCUUAACCCUCGAAGUCUCUCGUCGGCAUUGUGGCACACAUGGGAAACAUCCCAAACAGUCUACACUUCAUAAUUUUCCUUUCUUUUUUUUGUGGGGGGGGGGGGGGGCUACAUUAAACUGUGCACGCUCUUCUGCCCGCUUAAUGCAUCGCUCCGUUCUCGUUAAGUGUAAAUACCCGACUCAUUCAAGUCUUUCUUUUCAUCGAAUGCCUUCAUCGGCCACUGUUCCCAUUGUGGGUGCUUGACCAGAAAGAGAAGUGUGUGUGGUUAUCGUGUGACCGUGCAGAGAAAACGUAGACAGGGGAUUGUGCGCCUAAUUUUCUCAUUUGUUUGGGUCGUGGCAUUCAACGUUUAUCGAUCGCUCUUUUUGAUUUCGUUGUUUAGGCUUGUUUGAUAAGAAUGAGUCGUAGAGGGAAUGACUUUUCUUGCUUGUUUUUGUAUUGCCGAAAUGAAGGCAUCUUGCACAUCCUGUGUUGGACGGGCGGAAACUGCAUGGGAGAGAAAAAAAAACGGGAAUGUUUUCACUUUUUUUCUUUUUUGCUAAUGUCGACGGUUGUGGGGCGCGCAAGUGGGUUUGAUUUUGUUCUUCCGAGCUUGGAAUAAAUGACUCUCGGGAUGUCACCAUUCCAUGUUGCA